CCCGAACUGAGCCUCUACUUUGGUCUAUCCUCUUUGCCCCGAACUGAGCCUCUACUUUGGUCUAUCCUCUUUGGUCUGGAAUUUGAAAAUUGAAAAAAAAAACACUGGUGCGCCACCAACCUUGGAAACAUCCAACUACUGCGUCCACCCAACGACAAUGAAUGUAAAAAAAAAUCAGUUGAGUUUCCCGACCAACCAAAAUGGCGGUGCUUGCGGCGAGUGUCUCGAUGGUGUCGAAUCGUUGAGGAGUUGAAAGUUUUUCAAUCCUUGAAAACUAAACAAAAAAUCUCUAAUACGUUAAUAAAACAAUUAAAGACUUUUGUCAAAUCUCAUUGAGUGCAGUGAAGUGUUAAAAACGAACGAAAAUCAGUGAAGACGCGGUUAAAUCUUUCUGGCCAGGAUCGUAGGCUUCUCGGACAAGUGAAGCCCUCAGACGAAUUCUGUGUGGCAAGGGCUCAUCAUAAAAGCCAAAAAAACCCAUCGACAUUCUCCUCGGGAAUUCUGAAGUGUCAUUUAAAAUAUUGAAAACAACCAAAUACAUAAAUAACCAAAUUUUUAUGAUAAUUUUCGUGCCUCGUCAGGUAUUGCUCGGCCCUCCUCUGUGCUUAUCACCAGUGUUUAUAAACUUCUUGGUGCCUCCACAAACUCUGUCACAAUUAUUUAUAAUUAAUCAGCCAAGUUCGUUGGCACAUUACCAUUGUCGUCGUUAACACGCCAUCUUAACCUUUUCCCAUUUAUUCCUUUUGGAUCCAUUUAUUUUCGUAAAUGAUUCAGUGAUUCUGCAACUCAAGUUACGUACCCGUAGUUGAUUGUAGACUACGUGAGGAUCAUGUUUGCACUUGGGAUGGGCCAAUGACCGGCUCUGGGGGAGGACUAUAAAAUAACGAAUUUCUGCGUUUCUUUAGUCGUUGAAAAGAUUGAACGUUUUCCAGAAGUUGAAAAUUACAAUUCGGUAGUGAAUUGUUCUCAGCAUGGCUUUGAACCCACGAGACAUGGAUGGCUUCAUGCCCCUGCUGUCCACUUCGGACAUAAAAACGAAGAUGACAGUGGGUAAUAAUUUGUUGAAUUACCUCAGCGAUCCUAAUAACAGCAUCGAGUGCCAGGACAUCGGGUUGUUUAUUGAUAAUGUCAUCUCGUGGCUGCACAACGGCAAUGCCAAGAUUGUCCAAAAUGGUCUCGAAAUAUUGACUCAGAUAGCGGACAGAAUGGGGCAUGACUUUCGCCCUUAUCUUACGACAAUCAUCCAGCCGACAAUUGACAGAUUGGGUGAUAGCAAAGACACAACCCGCGAGAAGGCACGAUUGGUGCUGUUGAAGCUGAUGGAGAAGGGAAGCAUGACACCACAGCAGCUUCUUGACAAACUCCACACUGCAUUCAGUCAUAAAAAUGCGAAACUGAGGGAGGAGUCCCUUAUUUUACUCAGUACCACACUUGAUGAACAUGGUGCGGAUGAUAUGGCCUUGUCUGCAGUGAUCCCCAGCAUUGUCAAAUUACUUUCAGAUCCAAAUGAAAAAGUACGGGAAACUGCUGUCACUACAGUUGUUAAUAUUUACAGACACGUUGGUGAAAAAUUUCGAAAUGAUUUGCAGCGAAAACACAAUUUACCACAAGCUAAAAUGCAACUUUUGGUGGAGAGAUUCGAGCAAGUGAAGGCUGAUCACGAUUUUAUGCCGAUGGUGACGAAUUUUGAACUUGGAAAAGAACAUGACGAACCUGACAGAGCUAUUAAAUCAGCACCAGUCAAACGAGUAAAAAGUGUGCUCCAAAAGAAGAGCCAGUUCGGACCAGCUUCGAAGCUGCCAUCAGUGGGAGGAGCUGGUGCGAUUGACGAGGAAACCUUUCUCACUGCGUUUGAGGACGUUCCUAGUGUUCAUUUAUUCUCCCCACGUGACCUCGAGGAUCAAAUCAAGGUGAUUCGAGAGACUAUUGGUGAUGACAAGAAAGACUGGAACCAAAGAAUUGAUAGUUUGAAAAAAUUACGUGGCAUCCUCUUGGCUGGUGGUGCGAAUAAUGAAAACUUCAUGGAUUUAUUGAAGAGUUUGCAAAAUAGUUACGAGGGUGCAAUUACAGACUUACGAUCCCAAGUUGUCAAAGAGGCUUGCAUAACCCUUGCAUUUCUGAGUCGGCACCUCAAGAACAAAUUUGCUGCUUUUAUAGAGGGUUUGCUAGGGCCUCUCAUGAAUCUCAUACAAAAUAGUGCUAAGAUUAUGGCGACAUCGGGAGCUGUCGCUCUCAGGUUUAUCUUGCAGAACACUCAGAGUAGUCGCUUCAUUCCCAUUAUUUCCGCCUCAUUAUCUAGUAAGAGUAGGGACAUCAGGAGAGCAGCUUGUGAAUAUAUUGCCCUGAUGCUGCAAGGCUGGCCUACGACACUCCUUCAGAAACAACUGAAAAUCCUUCAGGAGACGAUUGGGAAGGGGGUAGCGGAUUCCGAUGCAGAGGCUAGAGUAUUUGCAAGGAAAGCAUAUUGGGCAUUUCGAGAUCACUUCCCCGAUCAAGCGGAGGCACUUUUGAACACCAUGGACAGCAAUUGCAAGCGUACAUUAUUAUCACAGAGCAACAGUGGGAGCGUAAACAGUCUCAACGCAGUCACCCGAACCUCUUCAAUACCUCCUAGACCUACCAGACCCGCCAUGAGUGCAGCAGGCAGCACGGAAAAUCUUCAUCAGACUCAAAGUCCACCACAUGGGCCACUGAAAAGGACACCAUCACUGCCACGUUCUUAUCGUCAGUCUGGAAUUCCAGUACUCCAAAGACCAACUGACAAUUACUGUCGCGUAUCGCCAGGACCUCGGUCUAACAGUGCUAUUGACCUGAAUGCCGCAAGGAGAGCUCAAGCGAGAGCUCUGUAUGGUAAUCUCAACCGCAACAAAGUCACUUCCCAUAAUGACCAUCAGAAUAGACAAGCUCGGUCAGUGCGGCCAUUGGACUCGGCAGUCCCUGCGAGUCCUGAGAGAAGUGCCAGAACUAAAACCAGAGUGUCAGGGGUUUCUCAAUCUCAACCAAGUAGUAGGUCAUGUUCGCCGUCAUCAAGGCUCAGUUAUGCAACGUAUAACCGGGAUGGGGACUCACUAGUUCCUAGGCCACGAAGACUAUCGGGCCAAGGAAUGAGAAGUUCAGAGAACAGUCGUGACCCAAGUCCCCAGAGAUUUGGAAGUUUAGCGUCAAAAUUAAGAUGUCCAACUUCCAGGAGUAGGAAUGUCUACGCAUCUCCAAGGGCACCAGUUAUGGCCGAGAAGAUGCUCCAACGUUCGAGAGAGGCAGAAUCAGCUCUGGCUGAUGCUCUAUCUUUCGAUACCAAUGAUCAUCAUCACUCGAGGUCCCAGCGAAAAGGGGAUCACAGUGACGAAAGUGAAACCAGCAGUAUAUGCUCGGAGAGAAGUAUGGAUAACUUCCGGAGACCUAGUGACUCGUACUCGUGGAGCGGUUCACAGCAGAGACUCUACCGGGAUCUGUGGGAGCCUUCAGUUCCAAAGGACAUCAAAGAAAUAAUAGAAUACUGCAAUAGAAAGCACUGGGGCGAGCGCAAGGAGGGCCUCAUAGAUCUCCAACAAUUUUUAUCCAACGGUAACACCUUAUCAGCGACUGAGUUACGCAACAUAACCGACAUAUUCACAAAAAUGUUCAUGGACUCGCACACAAAAGUCUUCAGUUUAUUCUUGGAUACGUUGAACGAACUCAUAGUGACCCACCACGAAGACUUGGGUGAUUGGCUCUACGUUCUCUGCACGAAAUUACUGAAUAAAUCGGGAACAGAUUUAUUGACAUCCAUUCAAACGAAGAUCAACCGGACCCUCGACGUUAUUCGGGACUACUUCCCAGGGGAGCAGCUUCUGCCCUGUAUAAUGCGUUUUCUCACCGAUCCAACUCAGAAGCCAAAUUCUCGUGUGAAAACCUCGACCCUAAAUUUCCUGACCCACGCAGCAGAGUCAUCGGACCCAUCAGCUCUCAAUUCAUCCUGCAAGUCAGCGCUAGUUCGCCUCCUGGAUUGGACGAACGACGUCAAGUCCCAGGACGUUCGUCGUCACGCCCAGGAGUCUGUCAUUGCCCUAUACAAUCUCAAUCCCCCUCAGUUCCCCAUGAUCCUGAAUGAACUCCCCCAACUGUAUCAGGACAUCGCAAUGCCCAUCAUCCAGACGCACCUGCGACGCUCGUCAACAUCAGCCUCUGCUUCAGCUUCAGCGUCAGCCUCGACCUCGACACCAGCUUCACCAAACACUCAUCUCCCCACGAAACACUACUACACACCCCCCUCUCCCCUGAAGACACCCCACCGACCCCUAGAGAGUGCCAACUGCCUCGACAACUCCCAUGACGACGAGAGUCUCAACGCAGAGGAAUUCUACAAGUCCCUGAGGAAGACAACAGCGGAAAUUCAGAACUUCAGCUUCGAGAGAAUGGAGGGAGCUGCCACCUCCAAGGAUUCGGGUAUAUCAAACAUGGCGGACGUUGAGGAGAGAAUUGAGUGCUUGACAAUGUCCAAUUCUGGAAGAUCAUCGUCAGUCUCCUCACCCACCCAGAGGAUGAGAUCAGUCAGCUCGACGAUAGUCAAUGGCAAUGGCAGUGACACAAUUGCUGGUGAUCUGAUUCUCCCCAACAGAAGAAAUAAUGGACUGAUGGACGCCGCGGACGGUGGUGGCAGUGCUGGCAGCUGUCCAAGGGGACCUGAGUUUUUCAACAAGAGCUUGAGACUGUUACAGAGUGACGUUGAACCUGCUGAAAAAGCCAGUGUACUUCAGGAGUUCCAGAGCUAUGUCCGAGGGGAUGGGGCACAGUAUAUCAAACUCCAAUUCAAAAAAUUCCUCAAGACAAUGCUGGAUCUCCUGGCGACUAAUAAUAAACCUCUGGAGAUCGAAGUGUUGAAGACACUCGUUGAAAUGCUGAGGUGUAAGGAGCUCCUUGACAAUUUCCAGCCUUAUGUUGAGCUACUUGUCAUCAAGGUGCUGGAUGAGCAUAAACCUGAUGCUUAUGAUCCUAAUUCGGGGAGCCCCAGACGAGGAGGACAUGGGGCUACUGUUGGCUCAACGAAGCCUCUACAGCUGCUCAAAGCUGCCGAGGAUUGUGCUGCUGUGAUAGCCACUGUAUUGCCUCCUUCUCAUAUUAUUCAUCUGGCUCUACCGACCAUUCAGACAGAGCCAUUUCCAAGAAAUGUCGCUGCCAUUAAAAUGAUACAGAAUCUUGUUGAGCAUGGAGGAAAAAAUGCCAUCGAGGGACAGUUGGAUGGCAUUAUGAACACAUUGAUGCUGGCUUACGACAACAACGAAAGUGUGGUGCGCAAGGCCUCUGUUUUCUGCAUGGUAGCGAUUCAUGCAGCAAUAGGCGAGGAGGCCUUUGAGCCAUACAAAAAAAAUCUCUACGGUGGUAAGCUGAAGCUUCUGAAUAUUUACAUUCAAAAGGCCCAGGAGGCGUCCAGCAGUCAAUCGUCAAGUCCACGCAGUAAUCACAGUAGAAAUUAACUAAGAACAAGCGCCGCGACUCUACGUGUUGCAAUAUUAAGACGUUUCUCGCGUAUGCAACAGAGACAUCGAUUGUUACUGCUAAAAUUCAAUUGGUAAACAGAAAAAAAAAUGUUUAAAUAAAGAUCAAUCAAGAAGCAGUUGUUGAUUAGAAAGCCGCUUUUGCGCCCAAAAAUAUGUAUACAAUACAAUAAUAACAGCAGAGCGAGAGAGAGGAGGAGAUGGAGGUGAUAAAGAAAAAAUGUAAAUAAAGAAGAAAAAACAUGUUUUUAAUUGAGUCAAAGCGCAUUUCCCGGUGAAUUUGCGUCCAAUUAAUUUAUUAUCAGUCUAUUAACGAUCGUAAUGCUUUCAUUUUUCAGUAUCAAUAAAUCAUUAAUAAUUUCGUCGA